UGUAAUCGAGUUAAAAAGGUGCCCAAAUUGUUUGUUUAGUAGUACCAUCAUUUGUGCCAAUCUUGACCCAAAGAUCAUUAUCUCGUUACAUCGCAAGCUACUCUCCGGAUCUCCCAACGCACGAACCCUUGCUAGAUCCAUCUGAUUUCUAGGUUUUGCGAGAGGAUCCGAUGGAGGCAAAGAACGAGAAAAGAAUAUGCCUCGAACGGCCUGCAAGGGAAGAUCUGAUAAGCAAAUUACCCGAUGCUUUGAUAUCUCAGAUACUCUCGUAUCUUCCGACAAAGGAUAUUGUCAGGACUAGUGUUUUGUCCAAGAGGUGGAAAAGAGUCUGGCUUUUGAUUCCCGGGUUGGAUUUGGACUCUUAUGAGUUCCCAGAUUACAAUACCUUUGUGAGUUUUGUGAACAAGUUCCUAGAUUUCUCUAGGGAACAGAAGUCAUGCUUGCACAAGCUCAAGCUAGAUAUUCACAAGGAUCAUGAGAAUGAUCAGUCUUGUGCCACGCCUUGGAUAGACUUUGUUGCUAGGGGUAACCUUACACAUCUUGAUGUUGAAUUUGGUGGUUAUGCACUGUGGCGUGAGUUUUGGGAAAUGAUGCCCGUAAGCCUCUAUAUCUGUGAGACGCUCCUUCACUUAAGACUCUAUCGGGUGUUGAUGGGUAACUUUGAGUCUGUUUCUUUACCUCGUCUUAAGACUUUGUGUUUAGAACGAAAUAUAUAUCCUAAUGAGGCGAGUGUGGAGUCGCUUAUCUCGUCUUGCCCCGUCCUCGAAGAUUUGACCAUUGUUAGGAUGAAUGAUAAUGUAAAGGUUUUACGAGUGUAUUCUCAAUCAUUAACCAGUUUUAGUGUAGGAUAUAAUCCUGGUGACUUAAUUCGUAAGUACAAUUAUUAUUCUGAAAAAGUUAGAGAGAACUCGGGGCUUGUGAUUGAUGCACCUAGACUCAAGUAUUUGACUUUCAACUACGAAAGAUCGAAAAGUAAAAUCGUAAGAAAUUUGAGUUCUUUAGUUAAGGUCAACGUUCUUAGCGCCUUUGAUAUUUCAAGUGUAGUUGGCUGUUCAGAGCAACAAAUGGCCCAUAAUUUUUUCACCGGUAUCUCGAGAGUUAGGGAAAUGAUCAUCUCUCAGAAUAUGAUGGAGAGAAUAUUUUCCUACUUGAGUGUAGAUUCAUUGCCACAGUUUUGCAACUUGUCCUAUUUGAAAGGAAACGUUUGUUCAACAUCCGUGACAUUCCUGGACGUCUUUACAAAGCUUCUUGAAAGCUGUCCGAAUUUAAAAUCCAUCGUCUUGGUUUUAACUUGUUUUACUGAUUAUACGGACGAAAUGGUUGAAAUGAGAGUCUGGUCCGUGCCUAAGUGUUUGUUGUCAUCGCUCGAGUUUGUAGAGAUAAAAAACGAAUACGAAGCAGAUGAUGGUGUGUUGGAAGUUGCAAGGUACUUUGUAGAGAACUCUAUAAAUCUCAAGAAACUUGUUCUGCAUUUGCAAUAUUCCUUUCUAAAACAAGGAAAUCCAGCUAUCUUAAAGGAUCUCAUUGCAUUGCCGAGGCGAUCUAGCAUGUGUCAAAUCGAAGUUUUCAAUGUGCAUAACGGCCGUGCUCUUGGAAUCUUUUGAUGUUCUUGAAUUCUAUUAAGAUGCCAUUGUGAGCUUCGGCCACAAUAUUUUAGAAUUCGCAUUUUUUUUUUUAUGUAAUGACUAAAAAUUGGGAGAUAUGUACAAAGAUUUGUGAUUCUCUCUCAAGUGCCGGAUCUAGCAUAUUCUUCUGUUAACUCUAAAAGAUUUGUGUAUUUUUCUAGUAUUUCAUAUAUAGUUGCCUAGUUGGUUUUUUUUU